CUUGGGGCUGGUAAGGCUACUACUGCUAGUGCCACAUUACAUUAUCUUACGUAUGUUAUCAGGUGUGAGUACAUCUGCCGGUAUACCGGACUUCAGAUCACCUGGUACAGGUAAGUCAUACAUAGCAUCUGGUUCUGAGAUGCAGAUCAGCGUGUGACCUAGGAUUAUACGUAAGUGUGCUGUGCGCAGUGCGGUACUGCAAGUGAGGAAAAUUAAUAUGAUGUUGUACAGGCCAACCUCGCACGGUUGAAUCUUCCAUUCCCGGAGGCGGUAUUCGAGAUAGGGUUCUUUAAGAAAAACCCGAUACCAUGUGCGUCCGUCCGUACUUGGACCGAGCGAAGAAAGGAACUGAAAUGUGUUUAUUAGUUUAUACAUUAGCCAAGGAACUAUAUCCAGGGCGCUUCCGACCCACGCCCACGCACAGCUUUAUAACACUCCUCCAUUCGCAUUCCCUGUUGCACACAUGUUUCACCCAGAACAUAGACACGCUCGAGCGGCGCGCAGGAGUGCCGGCGCAUAAGAUCAUCGAGGCACAUGGAAGCUUCGCCACGCAGCAGUGCAUUGACUGUAAAACACCCUUUGAUGCAGAGAAGAUAAAGAAGGCGGUGUGUGAACGGAGGAGGUGCAAGGGCCUGGUGAAACCAGAUAUCGUCUUCUUCGGUGAAGGGCUUCCCGAUCAGUUUCACAGAUCUAUCCGUAAUCUGCGAGAAGCGGAUUUAUUGAUCGUAUUAGGAACAUCGCUGACCGUGCACCCAUUUGCCUCUCUUGUGGACCUUGUCCCGAAUGACUGCCCUCGGGUGUUGAUCAAUCUCGAUGAGGUUGGCGACUUUAACAAACCAGAUGAUGUGUUAUUCCUCGGAAAAUGCGACGAUAUCGUGCGGGAGCUAUGCAAAGAACUUGAAUGGGAGGAGGAGCUCGAUGCCGCUUGGGAGAAGACGAAGGAGAGCUUGGAGGCUGGUGAGAAAGAGCCAGAACUAGAAACAGAACCAGAGGAAUCAACGGAGGACGAGGUGGAAAAGAUCACAAAGAACCUAGAGCAGGGGCUCAAAGUCAGUGACGAGAAGGAUGAAAAGCGAUCUUCGUCGAAGAGCGGCCAGGCCAGUGAUUCGGUAGAACCGGAUUCAGUUGAAGAGGACUAAACGAGCCCUGCGAAAUUCUCGACAGAGGAAAGUUAUAGUGCGUCCAAGUGAUGGAGAUUAGGUAGCCUGUUGUGUAGUUUAAGUUGUAUGUGCUUGUGGAUCCAUGCUUCAAACAUUAAAUAAAGUGCAUGUUGUGUGCAAGACUACUGGGGGUCAAUUACUAUAUUGUGUCGGGUACUGGGAGAAUAACCAGUCGCGUGGUAGAGGUCUGAAGGAAAAUAUCCUUCUGCGAGCAUCAGAUGAUGAUGUCGAUUGGGAUGGAUGGUCUUUCCUUUAUGAUAGCAUUUGUCCUCUGCCAACUUUGUUCCUUCUGUAUGAU